UAUCUCAGCCUGUUCUUUCCUCUCCAAAGCGCUAUAUUCUGUGAGUAGAGAGAGAGAGAGAGAGAGAGAGAGAGCUGGUUAUCUUGAUCAUGAAGAGUAAGGAGUGGAUCAUAAUUUAUGAGCUUCUGAUGGUGGAAUGCUACUUAGUUGUUGCAAUGGGGGGCAGACUCCAGCAGAAGGCUGAAUCCACCAUCCCCACUCCCACCUUCUCCCCUCCGGAAGCCAACAGAACAGGCAUCGAGAGCACCACAUGGUGCGUGGCCCAUCCGGGGGCUUCUCAGUUCGAUCUCGAGAACGCACUUGAUUGGGCCUGUGGAGUGGGUGGCGCCGACUGCUCCUCCGUGCAGCCGGGCGCCGCUUGUUACCAGCCGGACACCCUCCUCUCCCACGCCUCUUAUGCCUUCAACAGCUACUACCAGCACAAUGGCAACUCAGAUGUUGCAUGCAACUUCGGUGGGACUGCAACCAUUACAAGCAGAGACCCAAGCUAUGGAUCCUGCAAGUAUCUCAGCUCAGAGUCAGCUUCUGAGUCGUCAACGCUGUUUCAGAUUGGCUUCCUCACGAAGAUUUUGGAGAUUUUGAUCCUUUUGUGUUUGAACACUAGAUUAUGAUGUGUCAUCAUAAGGAUAAUUGCAUGUCAAAAUCCACUGCGUUUCUUGUACGGCUCCUGUGGUUGAGCUCAAGUUGGCUGAACGUUCCAUGAUACUUAGCUUAUUGUAU